AUGGAGAGCGGCAGCAGCGGUGUCCUUGGCGGACAGCCGGCCGGCAAGCCAGCGAUGCCAGCCGCAGGCGUCCAGACGCCUGGGAGCCCUUCUUCCUGCGUCAGUCAGCUCAACCCAAGAGCCAAGCAAAUAGGCCCGGAGGUUGAGAUCUUCAGUUCUUCUCCGGGCGCCAUGGUCUCCCUUCUUGCCAAGUUCCGUUCACUUCUGGUGUCUCCAGAGGAUCAGCUGCCGGAGCCACUGACGAAGCUGCAAAAGGACAAGCUCGAGCUCCUCAAACAAGAUCUCGAAGCAAUAAACACCUCCCUCGUGAAUCUGUCAUGGGUGGAAGCUCCAAACAUGAUGGUGAAGCACUGGAUGAACGACAUUGAAGAUUACAUUGACAAGACGAUGCACCCCGGCCCCAAUUCUAGGGGAGAGUCGCGUUCUGAUUCAGAGGUGGAAGAAUUAAGCACUCUCGUGAAGCAGGCCAAGGACGCCCAAGAACGGCACAACAGGUACAAUCUUGGGCGUUGGGCAUCGAAUCCUAGAUUUAUGAUUGAUGAACAAGGCCGGGUUCCAAUUCCAAGGCUCAACGGGGAGGCCACCACCCUUGUUGGUAUAAGUGAUUCCAAGGCUGAACUUAUCAAGCGGCUUAACAAUGGCGCCAAACAGAGGCUAGUAGUAUGCAUACAAGGAUCCCCAGGUGUUGGUAAGACUACGCUUGCCAAAGAAGUGUACUGUGAAAUGGAAGGACAGUUUGAGUGCGGAGCUUUUGUUCGAGCCUCAAAGAUGCCUGAUACAAGGAGGCUUCUCGGUGGCAUCAUCUCCCAAAUCCAGCACCGCCAUCAAGGACCCCCUCAUGGUCUCCCAGUGGAAGAGCUCAUUGACAGCCUAAGAAAACAUCUCCAACAGAAGAGGUAUCUCAUUGUAAUUGAUGGUUUGUGGGAAACAACAUCAUGGGAUAUUGUUAGUAGCGCAUUUCCUGAUGACGCUCAUUGUAGCAGAAUAUUAAUAACUACAGAUAUUGAAGAAGUAGCUUUGGAGUGCUGUGAUUAUGAAUCUGAUGCUAUUUUUAAGAUGGAGCCACUUGAUGGAAAUUACUCCACAGAAUUGUUCUUCAAUAGAGUGUUUGGAUUUAAACACGAGUGCUCUAAACGAUUGAAGGAAAACUCUGAAGAAAUUAUAAGAACAUGCGGUGGUCUGCCACUCGCGAUCAUUAGCAUAGCUAGCAUUUUCGCAAGCCAACCAGAUAACUUAGAGCUGUGGCGCCAUGUCAAAGAAGCAUUAUUUUCCAGAUUGAGAUAUAAUCUUAGUUUUGAAGUCAUGCUGAGAGAAAUAGUAGGUCUGAGCUACAAUAGUCUUCCCCACCAUUUGAAGACAUGCCUACUAUAUCUUAGUAUGUAUCCUGAGGGUUAUACAUUCUUGAAGGCUGACAUGGUGAAACAAUGGAGUGCCAAAGGUUUUAUAAUUGCAGUAGAAGAGAAAAACUGUGAUGAAGUUGCAGAGUGCUAUUUUGAUGAGCUUAUCUACAGGGGACUGAUACAGCCCAAUCAUACCAAUAUCUCAGGUGAGGUGAUUUUAUAUACACUGCACUCCACUGUAUUCGAAGUUAUUAGGACCAUGUCCAAUGAAGAGAAUUUCUGCACUGUGAUAGACUACUCCAAUACCAUCUCAGAGCUUUCUGUAAAGAAAGCAUUACACUAUCCCCUGUGCGGUCACUUAUCUUUUAUGGACUUGUUGAGUGCCUCCCUUCGAUUAUGGAGUUUGAGGUACUUCGAUCGAGUUCUUAUUCUCGAAGUUUGGGGUGACCAAGAGGAGUUAGACCUCAGUGGCAUCGACAGAUUGUUUCAGCUCAGGUACAUGCGGAUUACAUCUAACAUCAUUGUGAAACUACCAGCCCGGAUGAUUGGACUGCCAUAUUUGCAAACAAUGGAAAUUUUUGCAAGAGUAACUUCUGUUCCAUCAGAUAUCGUUCAUCUUCCGAGAUUGUUGCACCUCUGUGUACAUGGUGAGAUAAAUCUGUCCAAUAGUAUUGGCCACAUGAGAUCUCUACGCACACUUCAGUCUUUUGACCUCAGCAGUAACUCUGAAGAUAGUAUAUGGGAACUUGGUGAGAUGACGGACCUGCGUGAUCUUCAUGUCACCAGUACUACAGAAAUGUCUGACCCUGUAGAGAGGAAGUUGAUAGCUUUCAUUUCUUCCCUUGAGAAACUUAGCAAUCUAAAAUCUAUAAUUCUUGCGCCUGUUCCUUCAUGCACAAGCAUUUCCUUGGAUUGCUCUUGGAGUAUAUCUUCUCUGUCCGUCUUCCUUCAGAGACUUGAGUUGUUGCCACCCAUUUGCAUCUUUUCAAGACUCCCUGUUUGGAUUGGACAGCUUCGGAAUCUACUCAUUUUAAAAAUUGUUCUUAGGGAAUUGACGUCAGGUGAUGUUGACAUCAUCGCCAAAUUACAGGAACUCACCAUUGUCUCUCUGUAUGUCAGGCAACCAACCGCAGAACUUAUUGUCUUCCAUCGUGCAGCAUUUCCAGUUCUAAAGUGCUUCAAAUUUAGAUGUGGCAUUAUGCACAUUGCUUUUCAGCCAGAUGCAAUGCCUAGUCUUCGGAGGCUGAAGCUUGAAUUCAAUGCCCAUAGUGGAGAGCAGAAUGGUAAUAUGCUUGCUGGCAUUGAACACCUGUUAAACCUCCAAGAGAUCACUGGCCGAAUUGGGUCAGCACCUGGUGCAGAGGAAACAGAUAGAAUGGCUGCAGAGUUUUUGUUCAAGGGUGCCAUUAGCAGGCAUUCAAGACUUACGAACUUCAACCUACGAAUUGUCCGUCCAUUUGACGAAGAGUAUGGGCCUUUCUUCUCCUUGAAAUUUCAUUGCUGCAUUAUUACAUUAUUACAUUAUUACAUUAUUACAUUAUUAUGCUGUUGUUGCCUGCCAUUUGUGAUUGUGUAG